AUGGCACAUCCACCCAACAACAAUUAUGUCGGAUUGAACGAUGAAGAAAUGUACGCCACAGGGCAUGCGGCCGACAGCAGCCAUGAUCGGGAUCCAACAUCAGAUGCCGGAAACCUUGCCGACAUGUCCUAUGUGACCAGCAUGCAAGAAAACUUUGGGGACUUUUUACACAUGCUGCUCACCGACGUUCCUGAAGACGGCACACAAACGACUACAGUGCCUGAAGCAAGCGACCUCGUAUUGCCGCAGACUUUGCAGCAAAAUUCAAUCCAGACGCAAAACAGCCUCGGGCUUGGACAAGGCCAACCGCCGUCGCCGCCGCCAUUUGUACCAUUGUAUGUGAAGUCGCCAGCGGUUACCAAUCACAUUCGAGCAUUUCAAAUGCAAAUGGACCACAUCCCUCAGGUGCGCGCGGGCGCUGUCCAGGAGAUCUCGAGCCUGCCGUGUCCUGGGCCGCCGCACGAGGUGGACGACGGACUUGGCCAGGACGUGGUACCUGUCCACCCGAUGCUACAACCCUCCACACAAAAUGGCUUCGUCUAUGGCCCGCCCCAAGCCCCAACCGUGCAUCCAUCUUCUAUGCAGGCACCUCCUAUUGUACCGUCGACUUUGCCAAAUUACAGUACGCCGUCCGACCUUGUUUCCACGGUAGACGCCAGCAGUUUCAAUCUUUGGCUUUUCAUCUCUCCCGAUCGUAUAUUUUUUAACCCUAGCGACAUAUCGGACGUGUUUAGCUCCCCUCUCGCAAUUCCGGAGAAUCGGGGACAGGUUGGUAUGCCAAUGAGUACCAACCAUGCUGAGACAUUUCUCACAACGCCGAGUGAUCAAUGGCUCGACACGCAGUCCAUGGGCAGGGACGGUAGCCAGCGUUUGGAUGCCAGCGAGCUCGAGAGUGAUGGCAUCGGUAGCAUUGUUGGGUCUGCCACUAUCAUACCGCAGUUGAUAGGAGGCAUCGAGUCAAGUACCUUGAGCAGCCAUCAGGCCAUGAACAGGGGUCCCGCCCUGGGCAACAAUAACUUUCAUUCCGCUUCAAAUGUUGCGAAUUGCGCCAGCAAUGCUACGGCUGUUGCGAACGGCAGCCUCUCCAUGCGCAGGACAGAGGGUAGUCGUCCAGCCAAGUAUACACCCAACGGCCCUCAGCCGCGCUAUGAUCACCUGCUGGCCGGCAAUUCUGCCAUAUCGGCCGCUGCUGAGGCCAGUCGCAGCACACGAACGGCUCCAGACUCCCACAACACUGAGCAGUUCACUCCGGUUCAAGAUACGAAAGGGAAGAGAAAAGCAGUGGACACAAAUUCGAAUUUGGCAGAACAUACAAGGGCAGUCGCACCGCACUUGACGUUGUUGGGGCCACAGCCUCAAAAGCGGGCCAAGUCGGACGGAAGUGCAGCGGCGGCAGCAGCAGCAACAGCAAGAUUUGCGUCGUCGUGUUUGCCGACAGCGGAUCAUCAAGGCUCUUCCACAGCCUCCUUGUCUGCCGCCGCCUUUGUUGCCAAUGGUAAAAAACAAAAAGGAGUGGCCACGGGGCCAAAUCCAAGUCCAGCGAGGCCCCUCAUGCCCAACCUGGGCCUCGCAGACGUGGCAGCCUCGUCUGCAGGACAACAAAACAUUACUUGCACACAGUGUCAGUCCAACCCUGCAAUGCCCCUAAAGACAUACCCUACGCAUGAAUCGCUCAACGAGCAUAUCGACCACGCCCACCGGCGCUAUUCGUGCCCUUUCGCCUUUGCCGGCUGCACAGUCAACUUUGCUGCAGUGACCGAGCUCAGACGACACGUAAAGACCAUUCACUUAAAGGAAGAGUCCCGCACAUGCCCACUCUGCCCGAAUAUGGACGCCUUUGCCCGCGCUGACAACUUCCGGGAGCACUGGCUGACAAUGCAUACGCCGGCCGACGUGAAGAACGGGCGCGAGCAGCUGGCCGAGAAGACAAAACAGGACAAGAAGAUGAAAAAGGAACUCGGUCCGGGUUUGGCUCCGGGUCCGGCUCCGGGUCCAGACGCCGCCGCGACCGCCUCGUCCUUGCCCUCGUCUACGACGCUGCCCGGCUCCUCCUCCAUGGACAAACAGAUUCAAGACCACAAUGAAAUGUUGGCCAAGGUGGUCAAGGACGCGGUCAUUAUCAAGGACGUGCUCCCCAAGCUCAUACAGUGUCGUGAAGAAGGCUGUGACAGAAAGUUUAAGACGACGACCCAAACGACGCAAAAUGGCAAGCAAAGUGAACGAACGGCCUGGAGCGCGUGGGUCUCCCACUCUGUAAGCCACGCCCGGCAACAGCAUGCUGCCUCAGAAACGGCUGGAGGCACUGGAAUGUCACCGCCUUCACCGCUGUUACCGCCGCAGGCUAGUUUCGAAAACGACGACGGAACGUCUGUGAGCUUUGUCGAGUGGGCGGUAGAAAAUAGCAUCUUGGAGGAGGUCACGGGCGGUACCGGUGGCACCGGUGGCACUGGUGGCUCACGCUGGCAGCUGACGGCGUCGGCAAGCGGAAGCAGUCGGUGCCGCGGGAAACAGCGCAGACAACAAAACGGACAGCCAAGUGGGCAGCCAAGCAAGCAGCCAAGCGGGCAGGAAAACGUGCUACGAGGCGAUCCGAAGGCCGAAGAGACUCGAGCUGAAGAUGAUGAAGUCAUUGGAGAUGACAACGGCGGCAGCGAAGAUGGCCACUAUGAGCCUGAUCCCGACGCCGGUCAAUACUACAAAUACAACAAUGACACUUACACCGGCGACCACCAUGACUACUUUGGUUAG